GAAAAGUCAACGAACUGAUUGUCCAGAUCUGGAUCUGGAUCUGUAUUAUGGAAGUCAAUGCAUCUACAUUUCCCAAGUCUGAUACCCUCCUCAUCCUUCUCUUCCAAGCAGCGAGCGAGGCAGGUUGCCGAAGCGAAGCGAUCUAGAAUCAAAGGUUGUCUAACUUUAAGAGAUGGAAAAUGAGUCUACUCCGUCCCUCCAACGUGGAGAUUUGUAUCACUUGGUGAGUUUUUUCGAGCAACUGAGGAGGGAUAUACCGAAGCAAGUCAUGCAGGCGACUAUCUUUCGAGUUCCUGAGAACAUCCGCAGAACCAACGUCGAUUCUUUUGAACCAAAGAUGGUUUGCCUCGGCCCCUACCACCAUGGAAAGCAACUCUUUCGAGCAACGGAUGAAAGAAUCAAAUUGCCCUAUGCCUCCAACUUUUUCAGGCGCUCCGCGGACGUGGAUAUAGUGCAUCGCAUUGUCGAGCGAUUCGAGGACUGGGAAGAGGAUUUACGUUGUGCCUACUCGGAGCAGAUCAGAAUGGCCAGCAAUGAUUUCGUGGCGAUGUUGAUGCUCGACUGCGCUUUCAUAACUGAGUUUCUACGGGAGCAAUCCGCGUGUACUAGAACUGACAAGGAAGAGUACUCGUGGAAGUGGGCAGCUCCAUCGAUUGUCAACGAUAUGUUGGUCGUCGAAAACCAGCUCCCUCUUCGUCCACUUCUUUAUUUCCUGAAUGAGGGCACGGAAGAUUUGCUUCACCAUCGUCCCUUAAGCUUAAUGGAACUCUUCUUGCGUCCUCUCAUGUGGCAAAUUCACCGAAACCUCUCUCCGACCUCGGACUUGACCUCGGACUUCAGUAGCUUCCAAACGAGUGCACAUUUGCUCCAUCUUUUCCAUUCAAGUCUUGUCAGCGAGCUGCGGGACAAGGCAAGCCCCCUUAUCACCGUCUUAUCUUCCUUCCCCAGUGCAGAGAUGCUCCAAGCAAUGAGAAUAGUAUUUGCAAAUAAGACCGAUGGCAGUAACUUCAUGGACAUCACUUUCGACGCGAGCAAGAGAUCCAUGGAGAUUCCUCAACUCCUCAUCAACGAUGACAACAUCUCCCUCCUCCGAAACCUCAUCGCUUUCGAGCAGCAAUGUCAUGUGGUCGACAAUUACGUUUCCACUUACGUUUGGUUCAUGGACUGCUUGAUAAACACCUACAAGGACGUGGCGGUGCUCCGGAAACAUAACAUCAUCGUCAGCCGCCUGCACAGUGAUGAAGAAGUGGCUCACAUAUUCAACCAGCUCCGAAGGACGGAUGCCCCUGUCGUCGACUUCGACAAUUUCUAUCUUGCAGAGGUAAUGGACGAUGUGGAGAGCCACUGCAGAAACAGGACCAACAGAUUUUGGGCGCUAUGGAAUUUAUCGUGGUUGAGGCAAAACUAUUUCACGAAUCGGUGGGUGACGAUCGCUGUCACUGCAGCUGUUUUCUUCAACCUGCUCACUUUGGUGCAAACGGUAUAUGCUGUUCUCAGUUACGCCAAGCAGUGAGAUUUGCUUUUGGCUAGAGUCGGGUGUGUGACUAGAGUCGGGUGUGUGACUUUGUUCUAUCUUAAGACUCCACUUUGUUUUAAGGAGGUAUAAACCUAGUGAAAGUGGGAUCACUGGCUUAAUUUACUCAACUGAAGAUUGAGGUAAGCUAAUUAGACAAUGUUGUCAUUGGUUUGAAAUUGCUUUGCACAAGUUAAAUCGCUCAAGUCCA